GUUGAGUUGUCAUGUUCAGAUUUUCCUGGCUUUCGUCAUUCGUUCGUGAGAUAGGGAGACAGACAGACUCAGAGACUGACUGAUUCCCAGAGGAGAGGAGGACAUUCCCACUUCUUUCCUGAACCCUCAAAGGCCUGAAAGCACCUGCUGGAGUGGAUUCUAGGGUCCACCUAUUGCUUUGAUCCCGUCCCAGAUCUCUAGUUGCGGGUGAUAUUUAGCCAUUGGUUGAGAUUGAUUGAUAUUGGAUUCAAGCAAGAUGGCCCAAGUGUUGAGCGAGAUGCCCUCGUACACGUUGAUUCACGUCCCAUCGGACUUUGAGGUGCCGUCUGAGCAGCAAUUGCGAACGGAUCUGGAGAAGGGCGACACCAAGACCAAGAUCCAAGCCCUCAAGAAGACCAUCCAGCUCAUUCUCAACGGCGAGAAGCUGCCCAAUCUGCUGAUGGUCAUCAUCCGAUUCGUGCUCCCAUCCCAAGAUCAUACCCUCAAGAAGUUGUUGCUCAUCUUCUGGGAGAUUUGCCCCAAGACCUAUUCGGAUGGUAAGCUCAUGCAGGAGAUGAUCCUGGUCUGCGAUGCUUACCGCAAGGAUCUCCAGCAUCCCAACGAGUUCAUUCGCGGAUCUACGCUCAGGUUUCUUUGCAAGCUCAAGGAACCCGAGCUCUUGGAGCCCCUGAUGCCCACCAUUCGGUCGUGCUUGGAGCACCGCCACUCGUACGUCCGGCGGAACGCCAUCAUGGCCAUCUUCACCAUCUUUAAGAACUUUGACUUCCUGAUCCCGGACGCGCCCGAGCUGAUCGCCAACUUCCUCGAGAGCGAGCAGGACAUGAGUUGCAAGCGCAACGCCUUCAUGAUGCUCAUCCACGCCGACCAGGACCGCGCCCUCAACUACUUGAGCUCCUGUCUGGAGCAGGUCCACAACUUUGGCGACAUCCUCCAACUCGUCAUCGUCGAGCUCAUCUACAAGGUGUGUCUGGCUAAUCCCUCAGAGCGAUCCCGCUUCAUCCGAUGCAUCUACAACCUGCUCAACUCGAGCAGCGCCUCCGUCCGCUACGAAGCCGCUGGCACGCUCGUCACCUUGUCCACGGCUCCCACGGCUGUCAAGGUGAUUGAUUAUUACAUCACCAUUCAGAGUGCCAAGAUCAACCGAGCCGCUCUGUGGAUCUUGGGCGAGUACUGCCAGUCCUCUCAAGACAUUCAGGCCGUGAUGAGCGAGGUUCGCCAGAGCUUGGGCGAGAUCCCCAUGGUCGAAGACGAAAUGCGUAAAGCCGCCGGCGACGAGCCCAUGCCCGAUGAAAGCGUGACCAACACCAACGCCCCCACCCAACAAAAGUUGGUCACGGCUGAUGGCACUUACGCCACGCAAUCCGCUUUCAGUGCACCCGCCACCGGAUCGGGAUCUAGCGGCGGCGGCAAGGGCGAUAAAAAAAGCGACCGCCCUCCAUUGCGAGGUUACCUUAUGGACGGGGAUUUCUUCAUCGCCGCCUCCAUCGCCACUAUUCUCACCAAGCUCUGCCUCCGAUACACCGAAGCCGUUGGCGGUCGGGGCGGUCAAGGCGAGGCCAAGAAAUGCAACCGCUUCACGGGCGAGACCAUGCUCGUGCUGGCCUCCAUGCUUCAUUUGGGACGAUCGGGGUUGCCCGAGAAGAAGAUCACCGAGGACGAUGCGGAUCGCAUUUGUCUCUGCUUGAAGGUCCUUUCCGAGCAGAGUCCCGAAGUGGCCGAGGUCUUCCAAAAGGACUGUCGAUCCGCCCUCUUGGGCAUGAUCGAAGCUCGAUCCGAGAUUGAGGUCGAAGAGAAGAACGCCAAGAAGGUGGCUGCCGCCGCAGCCAUUCAAGCAGAUUCGCCCAUCAAAUUCAUGCAAUUGAGCAAAGGUCAAGAGAUGAGUGCCGCAGGAGACAUCUUUGAAAUGGGCUUGAGUCAGGCAUUGGGUACGGCCAAGAAAGAGGGCGGUGCUGAUUUCAGCUCCUCCAAGUUGAGCAAGAUCACCCAAUUGACGGGCUUCUCGGAUCCGGUCUAUGCCGAAGCUUAUGUCAAUGUCAACCAAUUCGACAUCGUGUUGGACGUCCUGAUCGUCAAUCAGACCACGGACACGCUCCAGAACUGCACCUUGGAACUGGCCACGCUCGGGGACCUGAAAUUGGUGGAACGACCCCAACCCGUGGUCUUGGGGCCCAUGGACUUUUGCAGUAUCAAGGCCAAUGUCAAGGUCACCUCCACGGAGAACGGUAUCAUCUUUGGCAACAUUGUCUACGAUUGUGGCAACGCCUCGUCCGCCGAUCGCAAUGUCGUGGUUCUCAACGACGUGCACAUCGACAUCAUGGACUACAUCGUGCCUGCCACUUGCACCGAUAACGAAUUCCGUUCCAUGUGGGCCGAAUUCGAGUGGGAGAACAAGGUCUCUGUAAACACAACCUUGACCGAUCUGCAGGACUAUUUGCAAGUCUUGCUCAAGAACACGAACAUGAAGAGCUUGACCCCGCAAAAGGCCCUCUUGGGCGAGUGUGGCUUCAUGGCCGCCAAUCUUUACGCCAAGUCCAUCUUUGGCGAGGAUGCUUUGGCCAAUGUCUCGUUGGAGAAGAAUCUCCAAAAGCCGGAUUCCCCCGUGACAGGCCAUAUCCGAAUCCGGGCUAAAUCUCAAGGAAUGGCCCUGAGUUUGGGUGAUAAGAUCAACACUAGCCAGAAAACGAGAGCCAAAAAACCAAUUGUGACCGCCAAUUAAGUGUUUUUCUUCUUGACGUGUGGAAUCUUCAAGAUGAAGUGUUUAUCAAAUUGUUUUAUCACUAACUUAUCAAAAACUUAUGCCGAUGAAGAUUUGUUUGGAAAUAAAGUUUUUCAGUUUUCUUA